CUACCUCUGGGCAACGACCCGGUGACGUUAGCGGUGACGUCAUCUCUUGGCAGUACCGAGCGACAUACCGAGAAAGUCGAACCAGUUUUUGGGAGCGUUCGUGGUUCUGCUGGUGGUUCGGUGUAAAGACAGCGAUGGGGAACUGGAACUGCCGGGAGGACUUUGAGUGGGUCUACACGGACCAGCCGCACGCCGACAGGAGGAAGCGGAUCCUCGAGAAGUAUCCAGAAAUCAAGUCCUUGAUGGGUCCUGACCCGAGGCUAAAGUGGAUUGUGUGCAUGAUGGUGGCUAUACAGUUUUUAGCGUUCUACCUGGUCAAAGACUUGGACUGGAAAUGGGUUUUGUUUUGGACUUAUGUUUUUGGCAGCUGUAUCAACCACUCCAUGACCCUCGCUAUUCAUGAGAUCUCCCACAAUACAGCCUUUGGAAACAGCAACCCUCUAUGGAACCGCUAUUUUGCCAUAUUUGCCAACUUGCCUGUGGGUCUGCCCUACUCUGCAUCUUUCAAACGCUAUCAUCUGGACCAUCACCGCUACCUGGGCGGGGAUGGCAUCGAUGUAGACAUCCCCACGGACUUCGAAGGAUGGUUUUUCUGCACCCGCUUUCGGAAGUUCAUCUGGAUUAUCCUUCAGCCUCUGUUUUAUGCCAUCCGACCCCUCUGUAUCAACCCCAAGCCCAUCACUCAGCUGGAGCUAACCAAUGUCGUCAUCCAGCUCACAUUUGACAUCCUCCUCUACUGGCUUUGGGGGGCCAAGCCACUAGUCUACAUGCUCGCCGGCUCCAUGCUGGGAAUGGGCCUGCACCCCAUCUCUGGUCACUUUAUAGCAGAGCACUACAUGUUCCUCAAGGGCCAUGAGACCUAUUCCUACUACGGGUCCCUCAACCUGCUCACCUUCAAUGUCGGCUACCACAACGAGCACCACGACUUCCCCAGCAUUCCAGGACGGAGGCUACCCAUGGUGAAGAAGAUUGCUGCAGAGUACUAUGAUGAUCUGCCUCAGUACAUGUCAUGGGUGAAGGUCUUGUAUGACUUCAUCAUGGACGACACGCUCAGCCCAUACUCACGCAUCAAGAGGAAGCUCAAAGGAGAUAUCAAGCAGGAAUGAUGUCAUAAAGCAGCAGCCUGAUAAACAUGUUAAUCUGCCUCUAAACAA